AUGCAGAAUAACAACAACAAUAACACCAUAAACAGCAACAGCAACAACAAUAGCAACAACAACCCUAGCGACAACAACAACACCAAUGACGACAACAUGCCAUCAUCAUUUAACGAUACCGCAUCGACAAAUACAGAAGCGGACUCGUUGAACAGAAUGGAUAAAAAAUCUCAAUAUCAUUCCAUACAACAAUUGUGUGCACCAAUUAACAAUAACCGUUACAAUAACAACAGUGCCAACAAUAAUACAAACAACAACAACAAUAACAACGAUCAAGACAGUCACAACAUCAACAUUUCCUUGAAAACACAAUCUAAUCAGAGGAGAUGGUUGUGCGACUCUAUGGCAGAUGCCGAUGACGAAAUGUCUGCCAAUAAAAAAGCAAAGUACGACAUGUCAGAUAAACUUCCUGCUGACAAUCAUUAUGAGAAAAGUUUUGUGAACCAGCAUUCGAGUCGGGUGAAUAGUUCCAACAUCGAUCAGUCCGAACCAGCAGCAGAUGAAGACUGUCAAAAUUUUAUGCGCAGACUGAAAAGAAAGCAAUCGAAGCCCAAACCUUUAGACGAGGAUGAAGAUGUAGUCGAUGACAGUGAUUGCGAAGAUGAGCAUGAGGAGGAAAAUAAUUUUUCACGUGAUGAUUCAGAUUCAAAUUGUGAUGACUUCAAAGAUUUUAAAAUAUUAUCUUUUAAAAGAAAAAUUGAAAAAUUGGAAAAUCAAUUAAAUUGGUUGAAGAAAAAUUAUGAAGAAUUUCUUCUUAGUCGAUCUUAUAAAAAUUUAAAUAAUGAAAAUUGUAAUAAAAUUUUAGAAAAUAACCAAGAACAGCCUUUGGAAGUUAAAUUGUUGGCGGAUUUGUUGAAAAAUGAACUGAUACACAGCACCAAUGUUUUCUUAUCGGAUAUAGUUAAUAAAUUUCUACAAAAACGGUUUAAUGGUUAUAGAACUUUUUCAAAAAAGACAUUUGAAGAUAAAUCCGAAAUAACGGAAUCAAACACAGUAAAGACAAACAAUUCUUUGGUGGAAAAUUUACCUCACCCAGUCUUUCCAUCUGGUGACAGAUUUAAAUCAGAUGCUCCCUGGCCCUACCAAUCAAUCACACCACCAUCUGACUAUGAGUCCUUCAUAAAAAGAUCAUACCAAAAACAUUCAUUGUUGUUCAAUUCUUUCAACAAAAACAUUCCCGCACUUCAUUCUUCUGCAAUGUACUUUCCUUAUACUCACCGUCCUAACUUUCAGUCACACUUGUACAAUCAGAACUUUUUAUUUCAAAACUUUUCGUCCUCGCCAAACACCAAACAGUCAUUUGAUCUAUUCAACGCAGCUCAGCACUUUGACUCCAUCACAAAACUUUCUUCCAUGAAACCUGGCUCGGGCCUCACAGAAGAACCAGAACAAACCGAGGCAAUAUCUUUGGUCGUCACGCCAAACAAGAAAAAAAGAACCAAAGUAACGGAUUGUAGUUUGUCCCCAAAAUGUUUCAACACUUCUGUUUAUAAUAAACACAAGUUAAGUAACAGUGACAACAACAAUUUAGGUUUGAAAAGUCAGGAAGAUUUAGAAACGCGAUUGACUUCAACAACGUACCGAGACGAAUCGGCCACGGAUGACAACAGUUCAUUUUCUUCUGACAUUAGCCAGCAAACUUCAACUAAUUGUGAUUACAAAUUGGAAAACAACUCCAACAACAUUGCUGACCGUUCAUCCAACUUUGCGGAUACAUUUAUAAAGUAUGAAGGUCCCAACAACCUUAUAAACUGCGAAAAGCUCAACUAUAUCAGCUCAAAUGAAUUGCCUUUCAGAUUGAAAAGUCCAACGCCAACAACACUCUCAACCAGCGUGGCCGUUCUUAAUCCAAGUUUGUCUCAAUCAAACAUUAAUGAUACCACUUGUCGUCGAAAUCCUUAUUCCACAUUCACCAACCUCUCCAACAUGUCAAAAAUUCAAGGCUGCUUCAAUACAAACAACAACAAUGUUGACGAAAACAACAUCAACACGGGCAAUGCUAAUGCAACAAGUUGCAACUUCAACAACGUCAGUUACAACAACAGCACAACGGGAGAUUAUUUUAAAGCUUUCUAUCAUCAUCAUUUGCUGGGUUCAAAUAAACUUAGCAAGAUGCGUUACAAUGAAUUUUCGGGCUUUAGAUCUCCACCUGGUGAUGAUGACGUUGUCUCAAAUGAAGCAAAGUGCAAAUCUCUCAAGUUCAACAAAGUUCAUUCACGGAAGGACAACAUCCCAUCCAUGCCGUCAAUCUUGUGUGGGACACACUUCAAGGAGCAAGUUAUGAUAUCCUUUCUUGUUUGUGCGUGUCGUGUUUGCACUUUGCAAUGA